CAUGACAGCGCCCAUGGCGUCAGGUUUUGCGUUUCGUUGGUGAUGUGUUUCGCACAAUUCGGUUGUGGUGCAGCUUUUUUCAACGGUCUUCGUGAGCUCGAUCGUCUGUCAGACUUUCAAUAAUGGACGUUCUGAAAGCAGAGAUUGAGCGCAAGCGUAAAGAGUUGGAAAACAGGCAACUUGUCGGGCCGCAGAGGAAGUUCUUCAAGCGGGAAGAGCUGAUAAAGCAGACCACCGAGGAGUACGAGCAGCGUCGUCGAGCCAAGCACCAAGAUGAAGAUGACGAUGAGUCAUCAUCGUUGCUGUCAGUGACCAGCCUCCUCAAGAAGAAGCAGGAAGAUGAACGUGUACUGCCAAGGAAAGAGGUGAUCAGGCGCCUUCGUGACCGUUCAGAGCCCAUACUACUUUUUGGUGAGACAGAGACUGAAGCCUUCCACCGACUGCGGCGUCUGGAGAUCCUGGAGCCUGAGGUGGACCGGGGACUCCGCAAUGACUUUCAGGAGGCAAUGGAGAAGGUGGACCAGAUCUACCUGGACGAGAUCCUCAAGUCUCAGGGAAAGACCGAGGAUGGAAAGUCGGUGCACGACGUCAAGGUCGAGAACGACACCACCACCUUGGAAGACAUACAGCACAUAGCACAGGAACUCGGUGAGCGCAGAAGCAAGGGAAAAGACGCUGAAAUGAUUCUUACUGCCCUCAGGUUCAUCCUGCAGAUGUGGGGUGAGCGUCUCAACACCCGGCCGGAGUCCGAGAAGACGUCGAUGCGGGGCAAGCUGGCGUCGGCCACGUACGGCCAGACGCAGUCGUAUCUGCGCCCGCUGUUCAAGCGGCUCCGCAAGGGAACCAUCCCGGAAGACAUCCUCGAGCACCUGGUGCGCAUCGUUAACAUGCUGCUCAAGGAGUACGUCAAGGCCAACGAUGCAUACCUGCAGAUGGCCAUCGGCAAUGCCCCGUGGCCCAUUGGUGUCACCAUGGUGGGCAUUCACGCCCGAACAGGCCGUGAGAAGAUCUUCUCACAGAACAUUGCCCAUGUCCUGAAUGAUGAAACUCAACGAAAGUUCAUUCAGGCACUCAAACGGCUGAUGACCCAGUGCCAGCGACUCUUCCCAACUGACCCAUCACGGUCCGUAGAGUACAACGCCUGAGGGACGCAGCGGCUAUUUGAACAUGACUGCGGAGGGAGUAUUUUGAGACUAUGUUGACAUGGUUGAGGACAACAGUGGAGACUGUGUUGCUUUGUAGAAACUGGUGCAUCCAUUAAUUCCUCAUGACACACCCAGAGGGCUUCUCCUAUGAACAUAACAUCCCACUACAAAUGACUGCAUGCAUUGUGCAUACUUGAUGCUGACGGAAUCUUUGUGGCCAGGUUUCGUAUCCAGCAUCUGGACGAAAGCCACACUUCAGCGUGAAGUCGGACUUGAUGUUAGGGUCUUCGUCAUGAUCGCUGUUGACCAUAGUGCUUCCAUUGUUUCAAGCCUCGCGUGAAAAGCCCUCGGACUCGAAUAAUGAUCACUACAGUGAAAUGUAGUAUCAGUGUCUUUCUGGCAUAAGUGGGAAAAAGUAAUAAUUCCUUUAAUGUAAUAUGAAACUGGCCCAACUGAAACGAUUUCGGGGAGCUUUCAUAUUGAUAGCAGUUCAUCACCAGCCUUAUGUGAAAACUCAUGCUGUUGCCUCCUUGUGAUUGCACUGGUGGUGAUGCUGGUUUUGACAAUAUGCUGGUGCAAACAUAGUGAAUGUUAUAAUAUGACUGAAGCUUUGUUGGUGUCAUCUUAAUUAGAAUUACAUUCACUUUGGAUCAUGUUAAUUUCAACAUGUCCAUGUUUAUGAUGCAUGCUUUGCAAGGCUGUCUGUUUAGUGUUAAAGAAAUACAUGCAAUUCUAAAG